GCGGCAGCAUCCUCGACCAGAGGAUGAAGAGCGUGGCGAAGGAGGAGGAACGGAUUCCAGCAGCCGGUUCGGCGCGCGCCCACCGCCCCACCGCUCUGAGUCAAUCCAGUGGAAAAAGGAGAUCAUCUGCAUAAAAAGGAAAAGCAGUAUUUCUUUCAACCUGACUAAUGAUCAUCAGUUGUGUAGAAAAAAGCAGAAAAGUUUUCACUGACUAUGGAGUUUGGUGGGCAAGGCUGAGAGGGACCAUGCUAAGGACUGCCUGAAAGUGCCAGCUGCGGACAGAAGAGGUGGAUGCAAAGAGGCGCAUUGAGCAUUUGGAAUGUUUUCUGUCAGGUAGCAUCAAGGAGGGAGAGGCCACCGCAGCCUCAAGACGUGCAGCGUGAGACAUAAGGACCAUCUCAGCCUUUGACAUGAAGAAAGAUAUAGAUGCCUUAAUAGCAGAGGAAAGGGCAGAAAUCAUUGCUAAGUAUGAGAAGGGAAGGCAGGAAGGAGCUCAGAUCGAUCCAUGGGAAGAUGCUGACUUCGCUCUCUACAAAGUCACUGACAGAUUUGGGUUUUUGCAUGAGCAUGAGCUACCAACCCGCAGUGCUCUGGAGGAGAAGCAAAAACUUCAGGAGAUUGAACGAGUGGACAAAUGGCUGAAGAUGUUAAGAAAAUGGGGAAAAUACAGAAACAGUGAAAAGAUGUUCCGCAGAGUUUAUAAAGGGAUUCCCCUCCAGGUGCGAGGCCAAGUCUGGUCACUCCUGCUGGAUAUUGAAAACAUUAAGAUGGAGAAUGAAGGAAAGUAUGAGAAAAUGAAAGAACAAGCCAAGAGUUUCUCAUCAGAAAUCAAGCAGAUAGACCUUGAUGUCAAUCGCACCUUUCGAAACCACAUCAUGUUCCGGGAUCGCUAUGGAGUAAAGCAACAAGCCUUGUUUCAUGUCCUGUCAGCCUACUCAGUUUACAACACGGAAGUGAGCUACUGCCAAGGAAUGAGUCAGAUUGCAGCUAUCCUGCUGAUGUACUUAAACGAAGAGGAUGCCUUUUGGGCACUGGCACAGCUACUUACCAAUCAGAGGCACGCAAUGCAUGGGUUUUUCAUUCCUGGAUUCCCAAAGCUACAGAGAUUCCAAGCCCAUCAUGAGGCAAUAUUAAGCAAACUCUUUCCAAAGCUGAAGAAGCACAUGGACAAGGAGCAGAUGUCUACAGGGAUUUAUACGACAAAGUGGUUCCUUCAGUGCUUCAUUGACCGGACCCCAUUUACUUUAACUCUGCGGCUAUGGGAUAUCUACAUUCUGGAAGGAGAGAGGGUUCUGACAGCCAUGGCCUACACUAUCCUCAAGUUGCAUAAAAAGCGCUUGCUGAAAAUGACCCUAGAGGAUCUAAGGGAAUUCCUGCAAGAAAAAAUUGCUGGCUCUUUGCAUUUUGAAGAUGAUAUUGUAAUUGAGCAAUUGCAAGCAUCCAUGGCUGAACUGCGCAAAAUGAAAUUUGACCUGCCACCCCCGGCAAAAUCUGAAGAAUUCCCCAAGAAACCUCUGGGACUGGAGCUCUCUCUCAAUCCGGUGUCAGUGAAGCCUAACAUUGCAGCUAACGGCCAGAAAAAGGUGGCUGGGGAUCUCAGCCAUGACAAAGAUGUUGUAAUGCAACCUUCUCCAGAUAAAAGUCCUACUCACUUGAACGAAACAAUAGUUAAUUCAAAUAAGGCAAUGCAUGAGAGAACCUCUGUUCCACAACCCAAUGGACCACCCAUCCAAGCUGAACCAGCUGAUGUGCACCAAAAUCCAUUCCAGAAUCAUCAUCAGCCAAGCCAAAAGUUUGAAAUGGAAGAGAAACAAGUAGAAGAAAAUACCAAUGAAAUCCCAUUGGAGGAUGGUCCUAUAAUGCUGGAUGAUAUUGAGGUCAUUGGAGAAAGUCAGGAUGUGGUGAUGGUCUGUAAGGUGGCUGAAUCAUUGGAGAGCAGUGGUGUAGAGAGGUGUAGUUUACAGGAAAAUAACCCCUGUCUUUUUAUAGAUGAUACAGACCAUGCUGCUCCCCAGCGGCUUCAAGGUGAGACAGAUGGAUUGCCAAUGGACAACUCUCUCUGGGAGGAGUCUCACUUGCAGAGCCAGACCUUAGAAGCAGACCUGUCUAUCACCCUCAAUAGUACAGAGACAGUAUCGGAGUCAGAUAUAUUCUGCCAAGUGCCAUUGCUUCCAUCUCUUGAAGAGAAAAGAACCUCAGAGUUGGCAUCAUCUGUGUGUAAUGAUGGAGCUCUUCAAGAUGGAAGCAUCACCAGCUCCUCUGAGGAUUUAUUAUCUGAAGGUGUUGUGCUGCUUCCAGAUCACCUGUACCAGCCUCCAAGUCCAGACUUGUCUUCUAUGGCAGAACAUAGCCAGUCCACAACAUGUGACUUGUCAGAAAGCACAGCUGCUUCAUGUCCGACCAAAGCACUUGCUGCUCUUCUUCUCCCAUUUCAGGAUGGAGAACGGCGACCUUCUAAUGCAUCUCAGUAUGAUAACCUGUCUGAAAGUGACAAUGGAGAAGAGAAAUCUCCUGUACAGGUGCCGGGUUCUAAGAAACUGGCAGUUUUAAUACCACAGACUGAGCUCUGUGCUCCUGUGUUAAAGUGUACAGUGCCCAAGUCUGCAUCAGUUGGGGAGCUAGAAAAUCUGCAGAGGCAAAGUUGGGAAACAGUAGAUUUGAUGCAACAGACCAACGAAUAUGGCCAGCCCAUUUCAUUUGCGGUGCUGUAUCCUCACAAGAACCACCCUGGUGGGGGCAGUGUGCCAAUCUUAUCUGAGCUGGACUCCGAGAUGCAGUUGCUGUCAGAAGGCUUCCAAGCCCGGCCCACUUCAUCCCCGGUGUUGCAGGAGCAGCACAGCCCCUUCAGAAUAGUAAAGACUACCACCCCGCUUCACUUGGCUCAUGCUAUUGAGCAAGACUUCUCAAGCAAAAAGCAAGUGGCUCUGCCCUUGCCAGAAGCCAGCUGCCGUGAUGCAGGUGAUGCUGACACACUUCCUCCUGUAGCUAUGGAAACUCUGGGUGGGGAUGCCAAUGACUGUGAUCAGAAGUCACAGAACACUUUGAGUGCUUCACCUGCCCUUCAAAGGCCAAAGCCAAAAAUCCCACCCAAGGUUUUCAAAACUCAUUCAGAUAACAAUUUCUACCCUGGCUGCCCUCCCAUGGUGCAAAUGUCUAAAUCAGUCACAUUCUAGUAGAGCUGAGAAUGAGGAGAUUAAGGUUUCACAGCGCUUAUUCAUGAGAGGUUUGGAAUGAGAAAACACAGCCUAAGGAGGCAACUGCUUUGCCAGUCAUAUUGUAUCCCAAGAAUUCAGGAUGGAGCUUAGAAUACAGGCCAGUAGACAAUGCCUGUAGAUGGAUUCUUUACAAAUUUCGGUUCUCCUCUUCAGACAGCUCCCAAAGUGCUUUUGAAUCUGGCUUUUCAUCUCCUUUUUCACACCUGAGUAGAUGUCUAACAGAUUUAACCUAAAAAACCAUUUGAACUAUUUCUUUCCAAACCCUUGCAGCUGAAAAUUUAAGGUGAGCAUUAGAACACCAGGGAGAUAGAAGGAGUCAUUUAAGGAAGCAGGCGGACCACUCAGCUGUAGGUUUGGGCCAGUAGCACAUAUUUUCAGUAGCAAUAGUGGUGCGGCUCUUCCGUUUCAGUCUAGCAGACAAUGUAGUCCUGUAAAUUAAGCGGUGGGUGAUUCAUGUCAGGAAAGUUAGCUUUUACAGCAUCUAUGCAAUAUCCAGCACACAUUGUUCAUGUGUGUGUUCUCUUGCAGUGAAACCAGGCGACUCAGCAUGCCUGUUCUUUAGCUCCCUCACUUGUUUGCACUGAUGAGGAUUCUCAAAGAUUAGUAAAAUAUUUCAUGCAGAGGAAUGCUUUUCUGUUCAGUUGAACUGUGUGAUGUUCUGCACAUAGAGAGCAAAGGUAGUUUCUGAAAGAAGCCAAGGUGGUGGGCUAGAUUCCAUGCAGCUCACCAGGGAUGGGUUCAUGUCCUUGGACCACUUGCAUCACCAAGUGGCAGACAAAAGAACUGCCGGAGGGCCUGUCUAUCCAUCUCUUCCUCUGUAUUUUUCCCGUGCAGAUUCUGGAAGUGAGCUGGCUUACAACCAUGCAGGUGACUCAGAAAAGCUUCUGUAAAGAGGGGCUGUGCACUUGUACAGAAACUAGAACUGCCCUGUUAUUCUUGGGCUGUUGGCAAACCACAAGAGUCCCAUGAAUUGACACUAAGGAUACCAUUUCCAGACUAGCCUUGUGGAAAGCAUGUUGGAGAUGAUAGGAAAGUCAUCACAAUUCUUGUGAAUGUUUACACAGACAUAAGCUCACUGAGUUCAUUGGAGCUUACUGCUAAGUAAGUGUGCAUAGGAUUGCAGCCUUUACUUUCCUAGAUCCUUGAUGCCAUUCUUUGCCCAUUUGUCUGUCAACAAAAUGCAAAGUGGCCAAGACAAAAAACAUAGCUUUAGAAGAUAGCCUUUCAUAGGAACGUAAGGUGUGCUUUAAGAAAGCAUAUAGUCCCUAAAACUAUAGCUUUAGAAGGGAGCUUUCCUAAGGCCUGAUUCUUCAGAUACAAGCUUAUACUUCAUGCCCGACCUUCUUUCCAGAGCUGUUGUCCUUCAGUAUUUGCCCUCAGCCUUUCCAAUGAAUUAUCUAGUUUCUACUCCUGGGGCCAAGAAAUGCCUCCUUAAACAGAUGUCUGGUUGAAGUGAAGGACUGGAUAGGGCACAGUUGCUUGUUUGAAUGGUCUAUUGCUUUUUAAUAUUUUUAUCUAGAAGUGAGGGAGCAAAGCAAGCAGUCUGCAGCUGGCAAUCCUUUGCUAACCACAAGGAGAGGCUACUUGUUUAGCCCUGGGAGCCAGGAAUUCUUCUAAUGUCACAGUAGCUUUGUUUAUGAUUUUAGGGGCUUGUAUAACUUCUUGUCUGCCUCUUCCUUUGGUGAGAUGGGGAAGAGGGAAUAAUAAUCCUUAAUUCUUACCUCAUGGGGUGGCGUGAGGCCUAAUGAUUAGUUAGUUCUUGCAGUGUUCUUGAAGGAAGAGAAGAAUGCCGAUGGGGGAGACAAAGAUUGUACUUGUGUGGAAUUUUACAUUUUACUUCCCUAACUGCUGCACAAUUGUUGAAAAAUGUUUGUGUAUAUCAAUUGUUCCAGGAUAGUAUUUCAAGGGUAAUGACUGAUAAGUCUUCAUUUUGCUCAAUGGCUUCUAGAACAGAAAGAAAAGUGUUGAAAAACUAUUGAUAUCUAGGUUAGAUUUCCCUCAACGCGCACAAGACUCCUGUUUGCUGUAGUUGGAGCAAAGGUUAAUAGGAAAAAGAUGGGAUCCCGUUUAGUCAAAUAUGUGUUCAUUCUACCAGCCUGAUCUUCCAAUUUCUAUAUCUUUUUUAAUUGGUACCUCCGUUUUCAGUCUAACAAGCUGCAAUCAGAAUUAAGGUCAUCAUGCAAUACAUUAGUUUUAAAGGUGCUUAUCCAGAAAUAUUUCACAGCUGUCAAAUGCACUUCUCAGUUAGCACCUACAUGCCUUGAACUAGUGACGCACAUUUUCCACAGAAAGAAUUGCUAAUGGACAAUAUAUGCUCCAGCUAAUUGCAGUAGGACAGCCAAUAGUUACCGGUACCUUAAGGAAAGGGGGCAUCCCAGGCCCCUGCUGAGCUUUAGAGCACUGCGCCCUAGUGGAAACAGCAGGUGUUGCCUCAAUUAGAUCUUUGGCUAACAGACAGCCAGAGAGCAGGACUGUGGCCCAAUUAAAGUUUAAGAUUAUUUUUCAAAAAUUAUUAUUAAUGCAUACCACAGUCUUCCUUGUACAACUCCUGGCUUCAAAAUGUUCAUCUGUUUCCUGGGCCACAGGUGUCUGAGCAGUGUUAUAACAUGUGGUCUCAAAAUCAGCUGUUUAAUUUCUGGAGCACUAUAUGGUUCAGUAAUAGACUGGUAUGAUGACAAGCCACGGUGCCUAUCUGUGUGCAUGUCCUUUUUCAAGCAACAGAACCAAGCUGGCUGUUGUUUCGUUGUCCUAGCUUUUUGUGCCCCUGUCUACUGCAGACUCCCAAAGAACUGCACA